UACUGGCUGCUUGUACGCAGAGCAACACAUUCCUCUCCCGGAGCACCAAAACACAACCUUAGUCGUCACAUCGCGGCAGACGUCACCUUCACUCGGACCGAGCAGCCUCCGGGACGCCACAGGACUUGUAUGGUGGAUGUUGCCAAGGACUUUUCUGCGUUUUUCAUGAGGGACUGCCCGCUGCUCUUCUCCGCGGUAUGUGGACGUGGGAGCGACCAUGUUCCUCCUAGGCAGGUGAUAAGAGGCGAAGCCGGCUGCUCUAUCCCAGCUCCAGGAACACCCAGGAUAGAACCGGAAAGUGGGUCUCUCCACGAGCUGAAGGAGAAUCUGAAGAUGACCGUGCCGCCGUACCACUGACGAGCAGGACUGGAAUGAUAUCGUGACCUUCUUUUUUCCUGGAAGCAAGUCAGCGAUGAGCGGGGGGAUAUAAUGGCCAAGAACAAGGAUGCACGCCCCCCGACGUUUGCUGUCAGCGUGGUCGGCCUCUCCGGGACGGAGAAGGAGAAGGGAAACUGCGGCGUGGGGAAGUCCUGCCUGUGCAAUAGAUACAUACGUCCCGACGCGGACAACUACUUCUCUGAGCACACCUCAGUGCUGAGCACAAUCGACUUUGGGGGGCGCGUGGUGAACAAUGACCACUUCCUGUACUGGGGCGAGGUUCCCCACAGAGGAGACGAGGGACUGGAUUGUAAAAUCCAAGUCAUCGAGCAGACGGAGUUCAUCGAUGAUCAGACGUUUCUUCCACACCGGAGCACCAACCUGCAGCCGUACACCAAACGGGCGGCAGCCACCAAGCUUCAGUCUGCAGAGAAGCUCAUGUACAUCUGCACCGACCAGCUGGGCUUGGAGCAGGACUUUGACCAGAAGCAAAUGCCCGAUGGAAAGCUGAACAUCGACGGCUUUGUGCUCUGCAUAGACGUCAGCAAAGGCUGCAACAGAAAGUUUGACGACCAGAUGAAGUUUGUCAACAGCCUCUACUCCCAAAUUGUAAAGUCAAAGAAGCCCAUCGUGGUCGCUGCCACAAAAUGUGACGAGCUGGUGGAGCAGCAUCUGAGGGACCUUCAGACUUUUGUUGCCAGCAAGAAAAACGUACUUCUCGUUGAGACGUCAGCACGAGCUAACGUCAACGUGGAGCUCUGCUUCAACGCUCUCAUCCAGCAGCUGGACAAAACACGAGGCAAGCCAAAAACCGUGCCGUACUUGGACGCCUCCAAAGUCCAAAGGCAGCUAGUUGCCUCCGUAACGGAUAGAUUUGAGAAACUCAUGGUGCAGAUGGUGAGGGAUUACCAUACCACGUGGAAAGGAGUGGUCAGUAGCAUGAAGGGGAACCCGGACUACGAGGACUUCAUCAUCUUGGAGGGAUCAAAAAAGGGCAGAAACAUGUUCACCAAGCACAUUGCACAGCUGAAACAGGAGCAGAUCAAGAGGAGGAGAGAGGAGUACCUCACCACGCUCCCCAAAACACUAAACAACCUCCUGAGUCGCUUAGAAGAGGUUGAGCACCUUACGUGGUCCGAGGCGCAGAGUGUGAUCCGGAACCGCUCCGACUUCCAGUGCUGGUUCGUGGUACUGGAGCAAACGCCGUGGGACGAGACGGACCACAUCGACAACAGCGAUCGGAGAAUACCCUUUGACCUUCUGAACACGCCUGACGGUGAGAGGAUCUACCACAACCAUGUCCAGCACCUGCUCUCCGAGAAGCGGAGGGUGGAGAUGAAGGAGCGGUUCAAGAAGACGUUGGAGCGGGUCCAUUUUAUCAGCGCGGGGCAGCCCUGGGAGGAGGUCAUGUGCUUCGUCAUGGAGGACGAAGCCUACAAGUACAUCACAGAAUCAGAUAGGCGGGAUGUUUACUGCCGACACCAGCAGGAAAUAGUUGAAAGGGCCAAAGAGGACUUUCAGGAAAUGCUGUUUGAACACGCCGAGCUGUUCUACGACUUGGAUCUCAACGCCACGCCGAGCUUUGACAAGAUGAGCGAAAUUCACGGCGUGUUAAACGAGGAGCCCAGGUACAGGGCCUUGCAGAAACUUGCCCCGGAUAGGGAGUCGCUCCUCCUCAAACACAUCGGCUUUGUCUACCACCCCACGAAGGAGACGUGCCUGAGCGGGCAGAACUGCGUGGACCUGAAAGUGGAGCAGGUUUUGGCCAACCGGCUGGUACAGCUCGACCACGGCCGCUCCAGUCUCUACUACAACGGCGCCAACAUCGAUAAGAUCAACCUCUGCCUCCUGGGAAGGGAAGGUCUCUCACAGGAACUGGCCAAUGAGAUUCGAGCUCAGUCCACAGACGACGAGUACACCCUGGAUGGCAAGAUUUAUGAACUGGAGCUUCUCCCUGUGGACGUCAACUCCACGCUGCUCUUCAGUCAUACGUGGGUCUCCACUUUCAAGCCGCACGGCUGCUUCUGUGUGUUCAAUUCCAUCGAGUCCCUCAACUGUAUUGGGGACUGCAUCGGCAGGAUCAGAGCCGAGAUUGCCCAGAGUCGGAGAGAGAGGUUCGCUCCGCCUCUACCUUUCAUCCUCAUCCUGGCCAACCAGAGGGACAGCGUUUGUAAAAACAUACCCAUCCUGCGGCACCAAGGCCAGCAGCUGGCAAACAAACUUCAGUGCACCUUCGUAGACAUCCCCUCCGGCGCCUUUCCGAGGAAGUUUACAGAGUUCCAAAUCAAGCAGGGCCUCCGAGCAGUGCUGGAGGGGCUCAAGCAGAACUUUGAUGUCCUGGCCCCGCUGCCCUCAAUCAAAGACAUGUCGGAGGCCGACCUGCGGAUAGUCAUGUGCGCCAUGUGUUGGGACCCCUUCAGCGUCGACCUCAUUCUCUCGCCUUUUCUGGAGUCGCACUGCUGCAGCGCCGGGCAGCCCGGCCAGAGCAACACGCUGGUGCUGGACAAGAUCAUCGGGGACAGCAGGAGGCGCAUUCAAGUCACCGUCCUCUCUUAUCACUCUGCCAUCGGCGUGCGCAAAGACGAGCUGGUGCACGGCUACAUCCUGGUCUAUUCGGCCAAGCGCAAGGCCUCAAUGGCGACCCUUCGUGCGUUCUUGGCAGAGGUCCAGGAUGUGAUCCCGGUCCAAAUGGUGGCCAUCACAGACAGCCAGGCAGACUUCUUUGAAAACGACGCCAUCAAGGAGCUGAUGACGGAAGGGGAGCACAUCGCCACGGAGAUUGCCGCCAAAUUCACAGCGCUUUACUCGCUAUCGCAGUACCACAGGCAGACUGAAGUAUUCACGCCCUUCUUCAACGAAGUGCUCGACAAAAAGCCAAACAUCGAGAGCUCCUUUUUAUUUGACAGCUCGUCGAGGGAGUGCACCACCGGUGCCAGUGAGGAGGUCUUCCAGACGUCCCCACAUAGCCACUCUCCGGCCUACAACACCUAUUACCCCGAAUCCGAUGAUGAAAACGAAGCCCCCCCACCUUAUAGUCCAAUAGGCGAUGAUGUUCAGCUUCUUCCCACACCCAGUGAACGGGCCAAGUACCGCAUCGACCUGGAGGGGAACGAGUAUCCCGUCCACAGCACACCGGUCGGCGACCACGAACGCAACCACAAAGUGCCUCCACCUGUCCGACCCAAACCCGCUCUUCCCAAGCCCAAUGUGAAAAAGUUGGACCCAAACUUGCUGAAAACUAUCGAAGCUGGAAUGCGAAGCAACCGCAGGACUCCGCGGGGGCCCAUGAUGCACGCCAACGACAUGGAGCCUUCAGACAACUAUGCAGACCCCGUGGACACCCUGCUGAGGACCCGGGGCUUCAACAGCGACGACAUUUACGCCGAGCCCGACGACACGCACGGCCGCCUCGUCAAAAUCCGAAACUCGUUCGGCCUCCACGGCGCAGGCGAGGAGGAGAACGGAUACGACCGCAAGUCUCAGGCUGCGCGCCGGCCUUCCAAAUACAAACACCGCUCCAAAAUCCUGUUCAGCAAGACGAAAGCCUACCAAAGACGCUUCCACUCGGACAGCGACGGAGAGGAGACGGGCCCCGCCACGCAAAAGAAGAAGAAGGGGAGGGCCCAUCGGGGCAGCGAGGAGGACCCCUUGUUGUCUCCCGCCGACCCCUGGAAGGGCGGCAUAGAUAACCCUGCCAUCAUGUCUGACCCCGAGCAGGAAGACAAGAAAAUGAAGAAGAAGAAGACGACCAAGACGCCAAAGGAACCGAAGAAGGCCAAGUCUUCUUCCAAGCCCCCCAAGCCACUGUACCCCCCCACGAGAAGAACCUGGGAGAGCAACUACUUUGGCGUUCCCCUGCAGAACCUGGUGACACCGGAGCGAGCCAUCCCACUCUUCAUUGAGAAGUGUGUGGACUACAUCGAGCGUACAGGUCUGACCACAGAAGGCUUGUACCGCGUCAGCGGUAACAAGACGGACCAGGACAACAUCCAGAAGCAGUUUGACCAAGAUCACAGCAUCGACUUUGUCGUGAUGGACGUGGCCGUCAACGCAGCCGCCGGAGCCCUCAAAGCUUUCUUCGCCGACCUGCCCGACCCGCUGAUCCCCUACAGUCUGCACCCAGAGCUGGUGGAGGCCGCAAAAAUCGUGGACUACAUCGAGCGCCUGCAGGUCCUGAGGGAGAUUGUGAAGAAGUUGCCCUCGGUCAACUACCAUGUCUUCAAAUACAUCAUCACGCACCUCAACAGGGUGAGUCAGCACAGCAAGACCACGCUGAUGACGGCAGACAACUUGUCCAUCUGCUUCUGGCCGACGCUGAUGAGACCCGACUUUGAGAACAAGGACACCUUGUCCACCACCAAGCUCAACCAGGCCGUCAUCGAGUCGUUCAUCGUGCAGAGUGACUACUUCUUCCACGGCGGCGAGGUGGCCGACAGCUCCAGCAGCGGCGGCACGCCCCCCCCGCGCUGCCACAACAUGGUGGAGGCGCUGCUGCCCCUUCAGCUGCCGCCCCCCCUGCAGCCCCAGCAGAUCCAGCACGCCCUGCCCCCCGAGCCCCUCAUCUGAGAGGCAUGCCGGCGGAGCGUGGUUUUUUUUUUUUUGUCGGCGGUGUCCGCAGGCGGGCUGUAAGGACACGUCAGACCCCGCCCGCGGCGCCCUCUGCCCCCGGACCGCAGAACUCCCAACAUGAAGCCACUUUGGAACCUUUUCUUUCUAGCAGCGUGAUUUAGCACAUAGCGGUGACGUGACAUCGUUAGCGGGGUCCGAUUCCGCGACCCCUCCCCCCCCACCCCAUGACACAGCACACGGCGUCAAGCUGACUCCGCCCUCUUUGCCACUUGCCCCCCCAACUGCGGUUUGUGAGCCGAAAUGACUUCCGUCUUCCUGCAGGUCUUCACAUUUCAGCAACGCUUAACCUUUGACCUCAGCUGAAGACUCCAUCAAUUGUAGAUAAUUUCAAUUUGGGGGGGGGGCAGCCCCCUUCCUCAAAGAAGAGCACAGUGUCAAAGGUCACACGUGACCCUUUCAUUUGUGUUUUUAUUAUUUAGACUUUUCUUUUUGAUAUAUUUCUAUGUCGUCUAAUUUCUUACCCUGUGUGUGUGUGUGUGUGUGUGUGUGUGUGUGUGUGUGUGUGUGCGUGUGUGCGUGUGCGCGCGUGCGUGUGUGUCUAUUCAAACCUUCUCCACAGAGAGAAGGUCGGAUUUAGGAGGGAAAAAAAAAAAAACGAUUUCAGCCCGUUUGCGUUCUCGCCUCCCGAUGCGUUUCUUUUGAAGGGACACGCCCCCCUGCCGAGGCACAUGAGCGAUGUAACCACUAGGUGGCGACUCGUUUGGGACGUCUGCAUGUUUUCAGUGAAAAAACACAAAAGAAACAAAAAACCGCUAGAAGGCGCAUUUAUUCCGUUGCAUCUCUCGUUCGGAAUGUUUGUUUUUUUUUUCAGUUUAAGGGGAACUUUUUUAUUUUGAACUUGAUAUCAUAUUUUCGGUUAAAUGUUUUUUUUUUUCCUAAAUAGAGGAAAAAGAAGUUUAUAUAAGAAUCUAAAUAUAUAAGAAUUUAUCAGCAGGAAUGUUGCUGAUGGACUCAAAUGUAACCGGGUACUGCUAGAAGCUAUGUGGGCGUGUGUGUGUGUGUGUGUGUGUGUGUGUGUGUGUGUGUGUGUGUGUGUGCGCGCAUGUGUGCCGUACCAAUAAGGAUGUUCAAGAAAACGGUUCAACAUAGACGAAAUCCCGACUGUCUUUGAACGCAGCACACUCCAAGUCUUACCGUGGUCCAUCAGGAUGAGAGGUUAGAAGUUGUUGAGAGAUUGUUGGGUGAGGUUGGAACGCUGGUAGCCCAUCGUGGCGGGAUCUGGCGGUGGGAAGAAAUGACCAGAUGGGAAUAACGCCAUGUUUGACUUUUUAAAGAGACAGAAAUGUGAAAGUGCUUCAACGGGUGACGCGUGUCAAGUCCUGUGUGACGUGAUGACCCCGGGACACCUGAGGCCACACUCGCGGUCACAUGACUUGUGUGGAUGUAUGACUCGCUGACCGACAGAGCAGGAAGUGACUUUGUGUGUGUGUGUGUGUGUGUGUGUGUGAAGAGCGCUGUGAAAGGUUGUGUAAAAGUUCUGCGUGCGUCCUCGCCGCUCAGUGGACAUCACUGACUGUUAGCAUGCUAACAAUCUGCUAGCUGUGACGUCACAUGGAAACAAACUUGUUGUUGGCUCAAGUGCACAAUCUCCAUCAUUGAAAUCGCAACUGAAUGUAACAAAGUAAGGUAGGGGUGUCCAAAGUGUGGACCGGGGACCAUUUUACCCCCCCUCAGAUGGUAUUUUUAUUGCUUCUCACCAUCUUCUUGCCAUGCUGUCACGUUUCAAUAGUGUAUAAUAUUAUCAUAAGCUCCAGUAAUGGCAGACCUGGUGGGGUGCCAGUGGAAAUUCUAUAUUAUUAUUAUUAUUUUUCCCCAACAUUUUCCUUAUUUUAUAAUGCAAAUGAUGCAUGGGAAUAUUGUAAAAAAUCCAAUGAUUGAGAUAUGCUAUUAGAUAUUAGGCUAAGAUGUGCCCCCAGCCCCCCAAAAUCAACAAUAGUUGUGUUUCUAUUCCCCAUGGGGGGGCCAGCUGGCUCUGCUUGUAGAAAACCAAGCCAAGACGUGGAUGAUCAGAUUAUUGACCUACAUUGGAUUUCUUUUAGCAUCUUUCAUGUACAGAAUGUAGCAUCCUUGGGUUUUUAUGUACGCGGCCCUCACUGGACACCCUGACGUAAGGGGGCGUGUAUUUCUAACAUUUAGACUGAUUGGAAUGCAGCCUGACACUCGUUGAACCAAUCAGACAGGAAGGCGUCAAAUGUGAUUGGUUGAAGGUCAUGCUGGCGAGGACGUGCGUCUGGAAUGAGAGUGAUGCGAGAGAGAGAUGUUUUUCUGAGCGACUAAAAAGGGACAAAAUAUUCAAAUUGGAACGCAGCCAGAAGGCCUUUAGAAGCUUUUUCGAUGCUGGACUGACUAGGAUGUAGACAAGACGCAAUGGGAAUGGAACGCGGCCAAGAGUUUUUGUGGAGCUUUGAGAAGGAGGCGUGUGCCGCUGCUAGCUAAUUGAAGAUAUGGCGCUAUUUGUGUAGUCUCCAUCAACUCAUGUCUGCCGCAAGUGUAAGAACCUCAACUGUAACAUAGUCAAGAAACCGGACGUUCUCCAUCGUUUCCUAAUAAAUUUCCCUUUUUUCCUA